AUGACAACAACACAAAAUAGGCCUACUGUCCAGCACAAUCUGGACCCCGCGGAACUUCUCAACACCCCACUGAGCGGUGGAGAACUCACUACAGACGUCCUUUGGAUGAUUGUCCUCACUGUUGGUCUGCUUGGCUCACAUUGUGAGGGCACUAUAUCCUGUAAAAAUGAAACUAAUGGUGAUGUAGACUGGUUUAUUUUGUACAAGAAGCCUGGUGGGUUUGAUUAUGUUUACAUUGAUUCAACCGACCAGAACCUUAAAAAGAAUAACAAGCCUGUCAACAACCAAGCUGGUGUCCUGGCAAAUACCCUGAAGCCCUACUUUGAAAAAUCGCCAGAUUCUGCAUUCAUUGCAUACAAUGAUCAAAUGCCAAGUUGUAACGCACUACAACAAUAUGGCCACAGCAAAGGAGUUGUGAUGAUGGAUAAGGAUAAUGUAGUCUGGCUUUUACACAGCACACCAAAAUUCCCCGAAGGAGAUGAAAGCAAUAAUUUCUAUCCUGAAAGUGGGAAAAGGUACGCACAGAUAUUUAUGUGUGUAACACUGCCCUCUGAUAAGUCUGCACAAAUAGCUCAGCAUCUUAAAGACAUCAAUGCUCAUAUAUUUAAAAAACACAAUCCUGAAAAACUCCUGAAAAAAGAUUCUUCCAACAUAAAACGAACGCUGCCCUACCAUGAGGACUUGUUGUCAUCCGGUGGUUUGAAGUUUACACGCUUUGUUAAACAAAUCUCCAAGAAAAGGGAUCCUGAAGGAGAUCUUUAUGUCACCAUUGCUGACACACUACAGACCAAUUUAUCCAUCCAGACCUGGCGCAGCGACCCUGAAGAGAGUGGAAAACGUCCGCUUUUUAAAACUGGGGAAAAAAACGAACUAGUCACCAUCAUGUCAGUAAAAACUGACGCAGGUGAAUGGAGUCAUAAAUGUGAUCAUUCCAAAUGGUGUGUUUCUGACAUUCAAAACUGGAUGUGUGUUGGUGACUCAAACAGAGAACCAUCCCAUUUUAAUGAUGUAUUUGCGGCCCUGGUGUAUGAUCGCCUGGCCUUGCUAUCCAUCCGAUCCUCUAUGAUGCCACACGAUGUCUCGUCGCCCUCCUCCAUUAGCUGGAUCCUCGUCAGGCGAUUUCAGUGGCCCCUCUAG